AUGGAGGCGAACUUCGUCGCCGAACAAAACGCCAGCGACGCCAGCGACGCCAGCGCCGCGGCGCCGGCCACGGCGGAGGUGCUCGUCGCCGGCGCGGACGGCGAACCCGUCGCCGGCGAGGUGCUCUACAGCGACGUGGGCCUCAGUUUUUGGGGCGGCGUGUGCCCAGAGUCGGGCACGGUCAUCGACGCGCGGCACCCGCUCGCGGGCCAGUGCAUCACGGGCAAGAUCCUCUGCCUGCCGAGCGGGCGCGGGUCCUGCACGGGGUCGCAGGUCGUCCUCGAGCUCGUGCUCAACGGCGUCGGGCCGACGGCGAUCCUCACGCGCGAGGUCGACGACAUCAUCGCGCUCGGCGGCGUCGUGGCCGAGGAAUUAUUGGACGCGGCCCCCUUCCGCAUCGUCGCCGUCGGUGCGGGCUUCGACGCGCUGGCGGCGCUCGCGGGAGAGGUCGCGGAGGUCGCGACCGACGGGUCCGUGGUGAGUGGUGGUGAUGAAAUCAUAGCCACAACAGCAGCCGCACCACAGGCCGUCGCCAGGUCCGCCCGCGACGAGGCGCUGUUGGCGGGCGCCCGCGGCCCCGCGGCGGCGGCGGCCAUGCGCAUCGUGCUGCGCGUGGCCGCGUUCCAGCGCGCCGAGUCGUUGGUGUCGGUGGAGCGCGCGCACAUCGACGCGUGCACCUACAUCGGGCCCGGCGGGCUGCGCUUCGCGGAGAGACUGCAUGAAAUGGGCGGCCGGUUCUGCGUGCCGACGACGACGAACGCGUGCUCCGUCGACCGCGGGCGGUGGCGGGAUUUGGACGUCCCCGACGCUCUGGGUGUUCCCGCGACGCGGCUCGCGGACUGCUACGUGGCGCUCGGCGCCGCGCCGUCCUUCACCUGCGCGCCCUACCUGCGCGACGACGCGCCGGCGCGCGGCGAGCACCUGGGCUACUCGGAGUCGAACGCGGUCGUCUACGUCAACUCCGUGUCCGGCGCGCGCUCGCAAAAGUACGCCGACUACAUGGACGGCUGCGUCGCGCUCUGCGGCCGCGCGCCGCACGCGGGCGCGCACACCGACGCGUCGAGGCGCGCGACGCUCGUGCUCGACGUCGGGGGUCUUGUCGCCGCGCUGGACCCGGCGUCGGAUUUGGACGUUUUUUUUGCGGCGCUCGGUUACGUGGUCGGCGCCAAAGCGGGCGCGCGGGUGCCCGUGGUCGUCGGUCUGGAACGCUGGCCGGCGGUCUCCUUGGACGACUGGAAGGCGUUCUCCGCGGCCUUUGGCACGACGGCGGCGGCGCCCCUGUUCCACUGCCGGGGGCAGACGCCGUGCGAGGGGCUCCAGGACGACCUCGACGGCGUCGAGACGGUCGCCCUGACGAUGGGCGACGUCGCCGCGGCCUGGGCGGACCUCGGCGGCGGCGGCGCGGGCGUUUCGGACGGCCCCGUGGACCUCGUCGCGCUCGGCAGCCCCCACUUUAGCGGCGACGAGCUCGCGCGCCUCGCGGCGCUCGUGCGAAAAGACGGCGGCGACCGGCCGACGUCGUCGGUGCUCGUCACGCUCAGCGCCGAGGUGCUCGCGUCGCGCGAGGCCGACGCCGCCGCGCUCCGCGCCUGGGGCGCGGGCUUCGUCGUGGACACGUGCUGGUGCAUGCUUAACGACCCCGUCGUGCCGCCGCCGGGCGGCGACCGCCGCGUCGUCACGAACUCCGCGAAAUACGCCCACUACGCGCCGGGCCUCGUCGGCCGCCGGCCCCACCUCGCGGGCCUCGCGGCCUGCGUCGAGGCCGCGCGCACGGGCCGCGUGCCCCGGGCCGCGCCGCACUGGCUCCCGCACCGAGCGUUCUCCACGGCGCUCCGACUUUUACGAUAA